AAUGGGGUGAGGCAGGCGCAGAGUAUGUUGUGGAGUCCACUGGUGUCUUCACCACCAUGGAGAAGGCUGGGGCUCACCUACAGGGGGGUGCCAAAAGGGUCAUCAUCUCUGUCCCUUCUGCUGAUGCCCCCAUGUUUGUGAUGGGUGUGAACCAUGAGAAGUACGAAAACAGCCUCGGCAUUGUCAGCACUGCCUCCUGCACCACCAACUGCUUAGCCCCCUUGGCCAAUGUCAUGCAUGACAACAUCGGCAUCAUGGAGGGACUCAUGACCACAGUCCAUGCCAUCAUUGCCACCCAGAAGACUGUGGAUGGCCCCUCUGGGAAGUUGUGGCUUGAUGGUCACAGGGCUCUCAGAACAUCAUCCCUGCCUCAACUGGCACAGCCAAGGCUGUGGGCAAGGUCAUUCCUGACCUAAAUGGGAAGCUUACUGGCAUGGCCUUACAGGUCCCCACUGCCAAUGUGUUGGUCGUGGAUCUCACCUGCCGUCUAGAGAAGGCUGCCAAAUACGAUGAUAUCAAGAAGGUGGUGAAGCAGGGCCCCCUCAAGGGCAUCCUGGGUUACACCGAGCACCAGGUCGUCUCCUCUGACUUCAACGGUGACACCCAUUCUUCUACCUUUGAUGCUGUGGCUGGCAUUGCCCUCAACAACCACUUUGUCAAACUCAUUGCCUGGUAUGAUAAUGAAUUUGGCUACAGCAACAGGGUGGUGGAUCUUAUGGCCCACAUGGCCUCCAAGGAUUAAGUAACCCCCAGACCACAAGCCCCAGACAGAGCACGAGAGGAAGAGAAAGGCCCUUAGCUGCUGGGGUGCCCCUGCCUACUCAGUCCCCCACAUCAAUGAGAAUCU